AUGGGAGUAUGCCAAACCAUAGGUGGCGCAGCUACAAGUGGACGCGGCCUGACUGGAAGGCAAGUCGCUGGAGCUCUGGCUGCUGCUGCUGCUGCCCAGCUUAAAAGUCAUCAUGACCGCAUGAAGGCUGAAGAAGAUGGAGAAGCAACAGGAAUAGCGCGUCGUACUAUAAGUUCUGUUAAUCAGUCCCUUGAGCAGAUGGAUAAGGGAAAAUACAGUGAAACACGUGUUUUGAGAUUUAAGGUACCAAAUAGUGGAGGUAUUAUGGAAGAAGUAGUGGUAUACGAAUACGCUCCGGAUGUAUUUCGUUUCUUAAGACAACUUGCCGGUGUUGACGAAGAAGUCUUUGCGGAUGAGUGGACCUUGCCUGAGGAACGUCUAGGGUUAGAGAUGGGUGAAGGUCGCUCCAUGGCACUUUUUCUUAAAUCCAAGUCUAUGUACUUGAUGUGCAAAACAAUUGCAAAAGUGGAAGUAGAUAUUCUACUUGGCUUUCUACGUCAAUAUACAGAGCACCUUGCUCGAAAUGAUGAUACACUGCUAAUGAGGUUUUCUAUGCUUCUUCGAGUGGAGGUAGGCAGUGAAGUGGGGUAUAUUCUUUGCUUUGAUGACGUAUUUGGGCCAUGUCGUACACUUAACGAGAAAUGGGAUCUGAAGGGACGAAAACCAAAACCAGGGAAGUAUUUACUUUUCCCAAAACUCAUUCGUCAUCCAUACGAGCCAAACCCAUAUAUUAUUGACACUCCUCGUGAAACACUAGAACUUCCUGAAUUUCUUGAUGCACUAGGAGGAGGAGUGGUUUUAGUUGAGGCAGAGGAUAAGGAUAAACUACAAACAAGAAAAGAUAAAGAUCUUACGCGUCUCUUUUGGUUGGAAAAACAAACAAGAGAGAAGUUGCUUCAUGUUCUUAUACGGGAUUAUGAUUUCCUCGCUAGUGCAGGGCUUAUGGAUUAUUCCCUUCUUAUAGGUGUGGCUUAUAACGAAACGAAAGUAUCACGUUCUGGUAAACACAUACGUAGUAUGCGAAUGACCUAUCCGAUGGGUAGUGAAAGUGACGCAGACCGUAUGGAGGUUCGACCUAAUUCUUCAUUGAGAAGGGCUUCUAAAUCACUCGUAUUUGCUGAAGGUAUUAGUAGCCUUUAUGAUCAAGAGAUAUAUUAUAUUGGUAUCAUUGAUAUGCUAACAACAUAUACAUGGAAAAAGAAGACAGCGAACUUUUGCAAGUCUUUCUUGUGGAAGUCUGAUACAUUGUCCACUAUUCCACCUAAAGCCUAUCGUGAUCGCAUAGUUAGAUAUACUAAGAUAAUAUUCCCCGAAGUAAAUUUGGAUGACAAUACCAGUAAUACCUGA